UACCCUGUUAGUCAAUUCAUUUGAAAUAAAAACAUCUCAUUAAUUUCCAUAUUAAACUUGUAACCUUCUUGUUGACUUUUACAACUUAUGUGGCGCAGCAGCUGAUAUCAUGUGACAUUAAGAGUGUGGUGGAUGUUGGAUGGCGUGUAAAGCUGAACGUUUCAGCACCACAGGGAUGGACAGCGACUCUCUGACCCAUGACGCACUCAGAGGGCACCAUAAUAUUGAUAUUGAUGGCUUUUACUCAAGAGGUAACAAUGAAAAUACGUGAACUUUUUACGAGCACACUUAACUAUUUCCUCUCAGUACCAGAGUUAAUAACGUAAAUAGACUCUGAUGAUGGUCUUUACCCGGAAGAAAUGAAAGCAAUGGAAAUAAAUUUAUCUCAGUAAAAUCGAUUGUUGCAACCAGUAAAUGCAUUGUGGAUUAACAGACGUACAUUUUAAAAGGCCUGCUUUUAUUUAUAUGUCCAUUUAUUCCAUUAUAUAUCCAUUUAUAUAAGUAAUGGAAAUUUAAUGGCAUCUCGUGAUUGUAUUCCACAUACUCUUUCAUGACAGUGCAAAAGGGUGAGUGUGUCUUUAACGAUGCUGCACAGUUUCCCUCUCAUUGGAUGUGAGGGAUGGAUGCUGUGCACCAAUAGCAUUCAGAACUGUACAAAGAGAUCUACUCCCUCCCCCAUGCAGCUUCAGCACCAAAACCACAAUGCUCGGGGUGGGAGGAGAGUAGGUAAAUGCUUCGUAUAUCUGGAGUAUACGGUUAUAUCUUAAUUUUAUUUUUGGUCAUGAACAGGCGUCUUUUUAACGGAAUAUGUCACGCUCGUGGAUUAUGGAUUUUAACUUCAUGUUUUCUCUUCUUUGGGAUUGUAAAUGAUGUAUUUUACUGAAUCAAGGAUGACAAAGACAAUAGGAUACCGAGACUGGAGAUGGCAGGCGCUUUGGUGGCAUCAUUUCUUUCUCUUGUGGAGUACAAUAAAUGGACAGACUCGUUACAGCAUCCCGGAGGAACUGAAACAGGGCUCUGUGGUAGGAAAUCUAGCCAAAGAUCUAAGUUUGGGAUUAUCUGAGAUUUUUGACCGUAAACUGCGUGUCGCCUCUGAGGCUGGUGAGCAGUAUUUCAGUGUGGAUGCGGGGAAGGGCGAGCUGGUGGUGAAUGACAGAAUAGACAGAGAGGCUUUAUGUGGACAAAGCGCCAGCUGUGUUCUACCUCUGCAAGUGGUUGUAGAGGACCCGUUACAGUUACACCGAAUUGAGGUUGAAAUACGAGAUAUUAAUGAUAAUUCUCCCAGUUUCAUUUCAAAUGAAUUAUCUUUAAAAAUAGCCGAAGUAGCAUUAGUGGGCACUCGCUUUCUUUUGGAGAGCGCAACGGACCCCGACGUCGGAAGCAAUUCACUUAAAUCAUAUACUCUGAGUAAAAAUGAGUGUUGUUCCCUUAAAAUAAAGGAAAUGGAGGGGGGUAAAACCGUCCCGGAACUUGUUUUAGAAAAGCCUCUAGAUCGAGAGAAAAAAGCUGUUCACAAAAUAUUACUUACAGCAUUAGACGGUGGGAAUCCAGUCAGAUCCGGAACCUCACAAAUAACCAUAACUGUGCUUGAUACAAAUGAUAACUUUCCUGUGUUUGAGAAGAAUUUAUACAAAGUAACCUUGGGUGAAAAAAGUUUAAAGGGGGUUAUUGUUAUACAGCCCAAAGCAACAGAUGCUGAUGAAGGUUUAAAUGGUGAAAUUGAAUUCUCAUUUGGCUCUCGGACACCAGAUGUGGUAUUGUCCAUGUUUAAUAUUAACCCCUUAACAGGUGAAAUCACUCUGAAAGGUGAAUUGGACUAUGAAACUACCAAAUCAUAUGACAUUGACGUAAUUGCAAAAGAUAAAGGUAGUCCUGAAAUGGAGGGCCACUGUCGCGUGCAGGUAGACAUUAUUGACUUCAAUGAUAAUGCGCCAGAAAUUGUUCUUACCUCUCAGCCAAAGCCAGUACGCGAAGAUGCGCCAAGUGGCACCGUAGUUGCUUUAAUCAGUGCGCGAGACUAUGACUCCGGUGAUAACGGUAAAGUGACGUUGCAGCUCACAAAAGACUCUCCUUUUAAUCUGAAACCUUCUUUUUCUAAUAAUUAUGCACUGGUGACCAGUGGUGCUUUAGACAGAGAGAGCCGCUCGGACUACAGUAUUGAGAUAACAGCCACUGAUUCAGGCUCUCCUCCUCUGUCCAGUAAGAAAAUUAUACCUGUCAGCAUCACUGAUGUGAAUGAUAACCCUCCUAUAUUCACUCAGCCCUCCUAUAAUGUUUAUUUAAAAGAGAAUGGGGUGCCAGGCUCUAUACUGUACUCAGUAUCAGCAUCUGACCUGGAUUUUGGUGAAAACGCCAAGAUCUCUUACUCUAUACUGGACUCUAAAGUGCAGGACGUGUCUGUCUCAUCUUAUGUUUACAUUAACUCAGAUAACGGCAGCAUCUACAGCAUGCACUCGUUUGACUAUGAGAAACUCAAGGUGUUUCAGAUUCAGGUUCAGGCAAAGGAUCAGGGCUCUCCGUCUCUCAGCAGCAACGCCACUGUCCAUGUUUUUAUCCUGGACCAGAACGACAAUGCCCCCACUGUUAUUUACCCCUCCUCCGCCAUGGGCUCCCUCUCUCAUCAGAGGAUGCCCCGCUCCGCCAAAGCGGGUCACCUGGUUACCAAGGUGACGGCCGUGGACGCUGACUCGGGCCAUAACGCUUGGAUCUCCUACAAAGUGGCGGAGGCCACAGACGCCUCUCUCUUCACUGUCAAUCUGUACACAGGGGAGGUGAGGACUAAACGCGCUGUGUCCGAGCAGGACGACUCCUCUCAGAGGCUGCUCAUAGAGAUCAAGGACGACGGAGAACCGGUCCAGUCCGCCACCGUCACGGUGUCCAUCCAGCUGGAGGACGGCCUCCAUGAGCCCAUCUUAGACCUCCGACAGAAAGCGGCCGAGCCCAGCAAGAAAACGGGCAGAAUCACCCUUUAUUUGAUUCUCUCUCUGGCCUCGGUGUCCGUGCUGUCUCUGGUGACUUUUCUCAUCUUAGCGGUCAAAUGCAUGAGGAACAGCAGAAGCAGCGGUACUUGCUGCAUGAGACGGAGCGACUGUGAUGAUUACAAGAACCCCAACAGAAACCUGCAGAUUCAGCUCAACACUGAUGGACCUAUAAAGUACGUGGAGGUCCUGGGAGGAGACAUGUUGUCUCAGAGUCAGUCCUUCAGGUCCUGUAUGUCUCCAAUGUCAGAGUACAGUGAUUUCACUUUGAUAAAGCCCAGCAGCACCACUGACUUUAAGGAGGUCAUCAGUGUCCUGGAUGCGUCUUUGCCCGACAGCACCUGGACCUUUGAGAGCCAGCAGGUGAGCUGA